AUGUUGAAUGCUGCAUCUAACUAUAUGUCUGGAUUGUACAAUAAGGAUACCAAAGUUAGACAUUAUAUAGAAAACUAUCUAGCCAAGUUCCCAAAAAGACUUGGCGAUGAUGAUAGGUCGCUCCUAGCUAAACCCAUUACGCUAGAAGAACUCACUUGUGAGUUAGAUGAAGCCCUGGGAGAUAAAACUCCUGGGGAGGAUGGUAUUUCCAUGAAAUGUUUAAAGAACCUUUGGGGUGUGUGUGGUCCAGCAUUGGUUAAGGAAGCUAAUAAAAUCCGGAAAACUGGUAAUCUACCCAAGGACUUUCAAAGAAUCAUAAUCACAUUAAUACCAAAACAUGGGAAUAGUAUAAAGGAAAUCAACAAUGUCCGUCCCAUUUUACUCAUCAAUUGUGCAUUACGUCUUAUAAGCAGUGUGGUAAAUAGACGUAUCCAAAAGGCAAUGAUAAAUUCAAAAAUAUGGCACAACAAUCAACAUGGUUUUAUUCCAGGGAGAACUAUACAAGAUGUCACACAAAAAUUAGCCACCACAAUCGAUGCCAUCAGGCGUCAUACCAGUAGCAACCAUGCAGUUAUUUUAAUCGAUUUCCGUAAAGCUUUUGACAACAUCAACUGUUUAUACUUGUUACUAACAUUAACAAAACUCAACAUCGAUGACGAUACCAUACGAUACUGUAUGGCAGUCACGGCGGACCAUUUCGGACAAAUUCAACUCAACAACCGGCUUUCGAGUCUGUUCAAAUUGGGAAAGGGAGUACGUCAGGAGAACCCUCUAUCGCCUGCACUUUUCAACAUAGGAUUGGAACCUCUUUUCCAUAAAAUUGAUCAAACAUUAACAGCAGUGAAAUUAGAAAAUGGGUAUUCUGUAAAUGUGUUGGCGUAUGCAGAUGAUAUAACAAUUUUCGUCGACAAUGAAGGGGGGGCUAACUUGUUGAGAAAAUUUUACACGACUUUGAAAAAAUUUCUGGUUUACAAAUAA